AAAAACUGAGCGGCCACACUGAUGUCCCGGCUGUGGGCUGUGCGGAGGGCACUGCCCCUCCCCCAGUUCGUACUGCUCUACCUCGAGGACGACUUCAAGUCACCGCUGGCAUGCCCCCAGCACCCGGGAGGAGCAAGCCCUUUACAGGCAUGGGGCUGCUCCCUGUUAACACACCCUCCACAUCCUUCCCCACCAUUCCUGUGGCCUGGCUAAUGAGGGCCUGUCAGCCAGCCCAGGGGCUGAGUCACCCACACCGGCAGCUCUCCUCUCCUCCUUCCCCGACAAUUGCUCCAAAAGUUGCCUUUCAACUUUUCUACUGCCUCCCUGGGCUCUUCUUCCCAGAGACAUCUGGGGCUAGGGAGCCAGACAGGCCUGCGGGGUCACAGCGGUGGUGGCUUUGACUAGAAAGGAAGUAACCUGGUGACGCACCAGGCAGGGCUGUCCCCAGACCAGUCCCCAGAGGAAUCUGAAGCGUCCCACUGCCCUGGGGUGUUGGUCACAGCUGCCCCAAUCCCAGCCUGCGGAUGCUGCAAUUACCUCAGAGCAUGAAACCAGCUUCCCACCUGACUGAGUCAGCUGAAAAGAAAACAUCUCUACCACAUGCUGGCACAACAGCCAAGCCACUAAUCAGAGUCCCCAGAUGCUGGCAGAGAGCACAGUCCUACACCGGCCAGGAGAUCGGCACACGCCAGGAACCACCUGAGACAGGGACAGGGACGGGCCAGCUGCCGCCUGCCUCUAGGAGUGCAUGCUCCCUCCGGAGGUCCAACCCUGCCCACCAAGCCCCAGCCCCGUGGUAUCCUGCUCUGCUCUGUGGGAACCCCUCCCAGCACUCGGAUCUCCCAGACACAAUCUCCCUCCUGCUAGUCCUGUCUCACCGUGAUCCAAGACGCAACAAGACAGAGGACCACGCUGAGCAGAAAUCCCCGGCCGCUAGCCCUUGAGGGGUGGCUCCCUGGUUCCUGGCCUCCAGCACUCUAGGAAAUGGUCACCAGCUGCUGCUGAGCCCCUCUGUGGGGCUUCUCAGAUGCCAGACCUGCAGGCUGACUGAGGAGGUCCAUGGAGACUUGGCGGAAAGGUUCCUUCCGCAAUGCCUCCUUCUUCAAGAGACUAACCCUGGGGCGGCCGCGGCCCCGACUCCGGCGGCAGGGCAGCAUACUCAGCCAGGCCAGCACUGCUGCUGGUGACCAUGAAGAGUACAGCAACCGAGAGGUCAUCCGGGAACUGCGAGGGAGGCCAGAUGGCCGGCGUCUGCCCUUGUGGGGGGAUGAGCAGCCCCGAGCCACCCUGCUGGCCCCACCCAAGCCCCCACGUCUCUACAGAGAGAGCUCCAGUUGCCCCAACAUUCUGGAGCCCCCAGCAGCCUACACGGCUGCCUACUCGGCCACCCUGCCCUCAGCAAUCUCCCUGACAGGCCCCCUCCACCGGGGCUCAGAGGAGGACCUUGUGGACACUCCCCAUUUCCCGAGGACACCUACUCCGGACCUCAACGACCCUUUCUUUUCCUUCAAAGUGGACCUGGGAAUUUCACUUCUGGAGGAAGUUCUAGAGAUGCUAAGGGAGCAGUUCCCUGGUGAGCCCCACUUCUGACUCGGUGAGGGCAGAGAGAACUGUGGUGACUGGAGCCUGGGGACCCAGGGAAGGAAGGCACAGUGUGGAUUAAGGAGCAGGUGGAGACAGAAGCCACAGUUCAGCCUGCCCUCUGGCUGCUGACCAGUCCUCCAAGGCACCCAGAGUGAAGGGACCGACGCCGGCUGGGAAUCUAUGGGGUCACUUUCUGGCAGGCGCCCUGAAGGAAGCUGGAAAGGUCUGGAAAAGGAAACCACACCUGCAACCACAGGAACCGGUCAGAGGUCAGUGGAGAGACAGGGUGGCAUGGGCGAGUCAGGGAGCAGGACUCGGACUGGGCUGCUCUAAAAGCCACCACCACCAAUCACAGGACACGUCUAGGAAGAAGAAUCUAACUGAGACUAAGAGAAGAGAGGGGAGGCCAGACACUUACCACUUACUUCAUGGGAUCGUUUGAUUUAACUGAAGUACAAACAAUUGAAAGUUCAGUUCCAGAGGCUAGAGAACCGGCUCAGUGGUAAAGUGUCUGCUACACAAGCAGGAAGGCCUGAGUUCAGACCUCCAGUAUCCACAGAGAGGAGCUGGGCAGGGGUGCCGGCCCGCCUGCAAUCCAGCGUGCAGGAUGCAGACACCAGGGGUCCCCAGGCAGGCUGGCUGGCUAGACUAGUCAGAUUGACAGACUCCAGGUCCAGCAAGAGCCUCUGCGUCAGUAAUGAAAAGUGGGAAGCAAUCAAGGAAGAUACCUAACAUCAACCUCAGACCUCCACUUGUGCACACACGGAAGGAGGGAAGGAGAGAGGGAAGGAAGGAAGGAAGGAAGGAAGGAAGGAAGG